AUGGCUCCUCCUUCACAGCUCGCAAUCGCGACCUCAGCAGUCAACCGCCUUGUCAAGGAAGAGGCUAGCUACCACAAGGAGCUUGAACAGCAGCAAGCCCGCAUCGAAAAGCUCAAGCAGGCUGGCAGCGACGAUGAAAACGCUGAGUGGAACAUGAAGCAAGAGAACAGAGCACUCGAAGAGACCAAGGCCAUGUUCCCUCAAUUGCGCAACCGCAUCCAAGAAUCUCUGGCAAAGCUUGAACAACAACUUGUAAGUUUGAUCAACAGAUCAUGA